AUGUUGUUAUCGGUGUUACCCUUCCUCCUCCCGUCGGCGCUCGCCGCUCAGCCCUCCGCGCCGGCUCCCAUCUCCGCCCCCUUACGAGACCUCGAAAUCGGGCAACUGAACUUCCUCCACACGACCGAUACCCAUGGCUGGCUGGCCGGUCAUUUACAGGAACCAUCCUAUUCAGCGGACUGGGGGGACUACAUCUCAUUCACCACGCGCAUGCGGGAAAAGAUAGAGGGACAAGGACAAGACCUCUUGGUUAUAGAUACCGGUGAUCGAGUUGAAGGCAACGGCCUCUACGAUUCGUCGGACCCCAAAGGCGUCUAUCUGUCGGAGGUCCUCCGUCACCAGCAUAUCGACGUAAUCACAUCGGGAAACCAUGAACUAUACAAACAGAAUACCUCGGAGGCCGAGUUUCGGACCACCGUGCCUAAUUUUCGGGGCAAAUACUUGGCAUCUAACCUCGAUAUCUAUCACCCGGAGACGGGGGAGCUAGUAGCGCUGGCACCACGCUACAAGAAGUUCACCAGCAAACAGCAGGGCAUUCGCAUCGUAGCAUUUGGCUUUCUCUUUGAUUUUACUGGGAAUUAUAAUAAUACCGUGGUGCAGCGCGUGGAGGAUACUAUCCAGGAAGGCUGGUUCCAGGAGGCUAUCCGGGACAAGGAAGUCGAUCUAUUCCUGGUCGCUGGUCAUGUCCCCGCCCACUCGACGGAAUACCAAGCGAUCUUCAAAGCCAUUCGAAGCGUGCGAUGGGACACACCGAUCCAGUUUUUUGGCGGACAUCAACAUAUUCGUGACUAUGCGCAGUACGAUGACAAGGCUGUCGGUCUAGCUAGUGGACGCUUCAUGGAGACGAUCGGAUUCAUGUCAAUCAGUGGACUUUCGUCGAGUCACCAACCAAGCCAGGCAUCCAGACCCGUCUUCAAGCGGCGAUAUAUUGACAAUAACCUGUUCUCCUUUUACCACCACACUGGUCUUGAUGAAGAGUCCUUUUCAACGGAGAAGGGUCGCAACGUCUCUAAGCUUAUUGCUGAGUCGCGGAGCUCCCUCCAACUAGAUCGGGUCUAUGGCUGUGCGCCCCGGGAUCUGUGGAUGUCACGGGUGCCUUAUCCAAACCCUGACAGUGUCUACACUUGGCUUCAGACGAAAGUCCUGACCGAUUCGUUGAAGGACGAUUCCCGUGGAGAGGUACCGUCGGUAGCCAUUGUGAAUUCGGGCGCCAUCCGGUUCGACAUCUUUCAGGGCCCCUUCACCCAGGACACAACCUGGAUUAUAUCCCCCUUCACAAAUCAAUUCCGCUAUGUAAAAGAUGUUCCAUAUGAGAAAGUUCAACUGAUUAUGGAGGUUCUAAACAAACAGGUCAAGGUCUUGCAGGACCAAACAGGAGUAUCAUUCAGCUCUCUAGGACCUUCCGAGCAGCUUUAUGGCUCUAAAGAUAUCAUCGUUGAAGAUGACGAUGUGCAGGCAUACCAGUUGACACACACCUCUGAGGGCGCAGGAUCGCAGCAGAAACCACUCUUUGCUAAUGAAGCAGCCGGGAAGGUUGUGCCUGGGUACACGACGAAGGAUGAUGCGGGCACUGAUGGCGAUGAUACCAUACAUUCCCCUGUCUCCUUUUACACUGUGCCAAACUGCAUCCAAGCUUUGCUAUCGGCAAACAAUUCGGAAAGGCCCGAGACCGUGGAUCUAAUCUAUAUCGAGUUUCUCCAGCCUUUUCUAGUGCUAGCUGCCAAAUUCGCUGAACUUGAAGUCGAUUUCGUCAAAGAAAGCGAGUCCUACAUGCCGAACAUGACCUUGACAGAUCUGAUUUUAGACUGGGUCAAGAAGCACUGGAAGUGCGAGUGA